CGUGUUUAUAACGGCCGUCAGGACUUCAACGAGUCGAAACCUGUCCUCGAAAACAAACGAGGAUCUGGCGGGAGCUCAUUUAGAUGAGAAGAUCUUGUGUUUUUCCGGUUAAUUUGUUCGUCAAACGUGCAAACAACAGCCUCUCGGUAAUGUAAUCCAUCAGCUUUAAUCGACUGUCGAAAUUGGUAAAUCGGAAAUUAGACAAAGAGAAGUGUCAGGAAACGGUUAUGACAUAACCUCAGUGCGUUUCCAAACAAAUCCUUUAAUCCUUCAGGUGAAGUAUUACUAAGUUUGAGUGCGCGUUGAUGAUAUAAUUCAUCAUGGGGAGUCGUUCGCAGCAGAAGAAGAAACGUAAGAAUCCGAAUCCUCUUGACGAGGAGGCUGGAAAUGCCAAACGCCCCAAGGAUAUAGAAAAUUCAUCUGGGUCCUCGCAGGAGACUGCUGGAAGGAUCAAAAAGAUGGUUUUGCGUAAUUUCCUGUGUCACGAUCAUCUGAUCAUGGACUUCAACAAAAAUGUUAACUUCAUUGUCGGACGCAACGGCAGUGGAAAGAGUGCAAUAUUAAGCGCUAUCACAGUCGGAUUAGGGGGACGAGCAUCCACAACUCAACGCGGUGAUUCCUUCAAAUCCUUCAUAAAGAACGGAAAGUCCUCAUUCACCGUCGAGGUGACGCUGACAAACGAAGGCCCCAAAGCGUAUGAGCCAGAGAUAUACGGUAAUGUAAUAAAGGUUUCACGCACAGUAACCCAGAGUUCUUCAACAGUUAUCACGAAGAAUUCUCGUGAUCACAUUGUGUCAAGAAAAAAAUCAGAUCUAAAUAAGAUAACUGCUGCCUUCAACAUUCAAGUGGACAAUCCCAUAUCAAUACUGACUCAGAAAAAUGCAAAAGAGUUUCUGAUUCAGCCAAAGCCAUCGAAGCUCUAUGAGCUCUUUAUGAAGGCAACACAACUGGAGACGAUUGGGGAGAACUACAAAGAGGCAUUGCAGAUCAGUAAGGAAACGCAAACGAAGAUGCGAGAAACCCAGAGAGAUCUUCAGAGGGACAAAAAAGAGAUCGAUGAAAUCGAAACAAAGAUCAAGGCGAUAGAUAAUCUGGAGUCUGAGAAGGAUAAAUGCCAUGAGCUCGAGUGCGAGGCUCGUUGGGCACGUGUUAUAGCUCAGGAAGUAUCUCACAAUACAGCUGUAGCAGCUGUUCAAAGAGGAGAAAAAACUGUUCAGAAGCUGGUAGCUGGUGCUGAUCAUAAUUAUAGUGGAAAAACUGAGGAGAUCGAUGCCUCUAUUGCAGAGAUUUCAGAACGUAUAAAGGUGUCCGAGAAGGAGGCUCUGGAGUGUGAGGCAGCACGCAAUGCAAUCAGAAAUAAAUCCCAGGAGAAGAAGGACGAGUUGUUGGGGAAGCAGAGGGAACUGAAGGAGACGAGGAGAGCAAUCAAGAAGACGCUGGGGGAACUUGACGAAGUCAAUCAAGAAAUAACAAGGUUGGAUUCAGUGAGCACUCAAGCACACGACGAGAAAGCCCAACUGGAGCAACGUCUAAAUACCAUUGAGGAAGAGUUGCGUGAGGUGCAGCAAAGGAUUCGCACCGCACAGGUCGAGCAAAUGCACAAUGAUACCGACAAAUUGCGAUUGGAAAAAGAGGCGAAGGAGUACUCCGGAGAGGUAAAACGCAGAGAAGACAAACUAAAACAAUCGAUGGGAAAACUUCAACGACUCUCCUCAGCUUCAAAUGAUUUAUUGAGUCGAUAUGAUAAAUAUAUAGAGAGGCUUGUGAGACGAAUUGACGAGGAAGACAAGCGUAGACGUUUCAGACAUAGACCACGUGGACCCAUCGGUGCAUAUAUUAAAAUGAAGGACAAUAGUUGGACUCCAAUUGUUGAGAGACACAUUGGCAGUGCUAUCAGUGGAUUUUGUGUUGAUAAUAAUAAAGAUGCUCAGCUGCUUGGAAAAAUUAUUCAGGAGAUUUACGGGGGUCAGAGGGGACCUGAAAUAAUAUGCAGUAAAUUCCUCGAUCAGAUUCACGAUGUUCGUAGGAAUUCUACGGGAACUGAGAAGUAUCCCAACAUGUUCGAUGUUAUAGAGGUGUCAGAUCCAGUUAUUGCAAAUUGUCUGAUUGAUCAGCGGGGUCCGGAGUCGAUUCUCCUGAUUCCCACGAGUGAAGAAGCCAUUGCACUGUUGCAGUACAGUGAGAAUGUUCCUCAGAGGUGCAGAAUGGCCUUCACAAGAAGUGGUGACACAUUCUAUCCUGAUCCCAAUUUCAGGACUUAUGGAGGCUCAGUUCCAACUGUGAAAUAUCUUGAGGCGUCGGUAACCCAACUUAUUCAAGGUCUUAAGACGGACAUUAGAGAGAUUGAAACUGAGUUGGUGGAUUCGAGACAGCAUAUGAAUGCCGCUCUUCAAGCUGUCUCUCGAAGUGUGACUACGUGUAAGCAUUUGACGAAAAAAAUAUCGCAGCUCCGUACGAUGGAGAAUAAAUUGAGGGACACAGCCGAUGAACUCAGGGACAAAUUAAAGGAUAAGGAGGAUCUGGCUGUAGAUAAUCGUCCCUAUUUUCUCACUCUUCGGGCUGAUAAGAAGAAGGAACUCGAGCAACUGAAACACGUGGAUCAACGUGUCAGUGAUGAGGUGAAGGAAUUACAACAGCAGUCCAACGAGAUCGAGGCUGAACUGAGGCGCUGUCGUGAAAAAGUCAAUGGAGUUGACGAGUUGAUAAAUCCCCUGAAGACUGAGAUACGAAAGCUGGAGGAGCAGAAGAGGCAGUGUCAGAUACAGAUGAAGGAGACUGAUAAGAGAAUACUCGCUGCUCGGCACGAUCUUCAGAGGGCCAUUGCGGAGGAAGAACUUCAGGCAAGAACUCUUCAAAUUUAUCUUGAAGCGGCUGAAGAGCACUCGACGAGAAUCGAGACCAAGCGCUCUGAAGAAUCCAUCAAUGAGAAACUAAAGGGGAUGAGACUGAGAAUUGCAUCGGUGGAGAAGAAAUAUGGUUCCAGGGAUGAACUUUAUGAGCAAUUGGAUAGUAAGAAGACCAAAUAUAUGGAGGUCCAGGAGGUUCUCACUGGACUGGUGGCGACCAAUGAGGAACAUCUCCAGAGAGUCGAGAGCAGGAGGAGGGAGUACAAAAACAUGAGAACUGAAAUAGGAGGUAAAGUUGGUGAUGCCUUCAGUGAAGCUCUCACAGUGAGGGGCUACAAGGGAUCCUUGACGAUUGAUUAUGGUAGUAAGACUCUCCAGCUCGAGGUCAUACCUCAGAAUACUACUGGACGACAGCAAAAUGAUACCAUGACACUGUCGGGCGGGGAGCGCUCUUAUGCCACUGUCUCCUUCGUUCUUGCUCUCUGGGAGUGCACCGCUCUUCCGUUCUACUUUCUUGACGAGUUCGAUGUAUUCAUGGAUAAAGUCAAUCGUCGCAUCAUCAUGGCCUUCCUGCUGGAGCACACUCGCAAUCAUCCGAAUAGCCAGUUUGGUUUCUUCACACCGUUGGAUGCAUCCAUUGUCGAAGCCAGUGAUUUCUUGACCAUUCAUCAGCUUGAGGCACCAGAACGUGGAUUCACACAGAGGGCCCAGUGAAGGGAAUUCCAGUUCCUGCAAUUAAUCACUUUUUUUCUGUCAUUGAUUUUUUGUCGCUCAUGUUUCGUACUUUUCUGUGUAAAAAAUCCACUCUCCAAUGUUUUGAGUAUGUAAUAAUAUUUAAUAUUUUUGGAUCCUGGUGCUAGAUGUUCCCCAAUCAACCGCAAUGCGGUUGUGGUCAAGACAAAUUCUGAGGGUAGAUUCUUCUCAAACAGUACAAAUUAUGAAGUUUACAAAGAUUCGUGAAGUUUGGUGAUUACAUUAAAUAUUAAACGGUCGUGCGAAGCAUUUUAUAUAGUUUAUCAUUUUUUUAAAUAACGGAAAAUCUUAUGUCGAUAAGUACGCAUAAAGAUAAAACAUAAUCAACAUUUAUUUUUAUAAGAGCAUUACCAAAAUUCAAGUAGUAGAGGCCAUACAUAUGUAUGUGAAAUUACAGUUGAACCCACUGAAUUUUAAGUAUUUGGAAGGACGUGGUAAUUGAUGCUUUCGAAUCCAGUGAUUGUUUUAUCAUUAAUGAACCUAAAGCUCUGACGAGCGUAUCACAUUAAACAUGUCAGGUCUCUCACGCUUCUUUCAUGUCCUUCUUUGUCAACGUUUAUCGUUUAUCGUGUCCUUUGUUUGUUCAACAAAUUUAAGCUCCUAGAAUACCAUUAGUUUGGUAGGACAGUCGUCUAGUUCUGAGGGUAUCCAGACGUUGUUUUCUCGCUCGUUCCAAAAGACCUUAUGCAAACAGUAUUUAAAACUAUUUACUUGAUAAUAAUGCAUCAUAGUAGUUACUAUUAUUGUGUGUUUAUGCAAAGUUUAAGUUUGUUCGAUGUUGGCGUAUUUUCACUAGCCAUCUCAAUGCUACUUCAUCUAUUGUUAAAAAUACUGAAUUAGAUGUUGAUAAAGCACUGGAAGUGUGAUGGAUAGAUUAUAUUAACCACAUGUAUCAUAAUUUGGAAAAAGUGACACUGGCUCACAACGUGAUAAAUACGCCUUUGAAUAAAUAAAAUAGUCAAGUUAUUUUUCUAAGAGAAUUACCAAAAUUCAAGUAAUAAAACCUAUUCACGUGAAAUUGUUGUCAUUAUUGCACCGCAAAUGGUAUCCCAUUCUCCACAUUUGUCGAAGGAAGCGUCAUAAGUGGAUCAAGGUCCUGGACUUGGCGAUAUGAAAGACGUAACACGCUUCAGAUGUUAUGUACAUGCACCCUGAUAUUUUAUAUGGUGCGUGGCGAGGCGUGGUUGUAAUUAGGUAACUGUUCGAGACAUUGGGAGAAAGUGCUCUGGAAUGUUGAGCGAAAUCUUGAAGGCCACUAGUGCCAAAAACUUACAAUCCUUGAGAAAAUAUUCGAGUGAUUGUAUGUCUAGACAUUUUUUGACUGAAUUACUAUCAUUAUUUCGGACCCUAAUCCUCAAUUAUGUUCAUUCACGACUGACGAAAAUAAAAAUUAUAGAGCUCAAUCUCUGCAAUUGAACCCAAAGUUUUCGUUAUUCCCUCGGUUUUCCACAAAAUCCGGUUCAAUUUUGGAUUUCAUGUAAUUGUAGAGGAGAAAGUUAAAUUUUCAUGCAUCUGCUAGGACAAGAAGAGAUAAUUCACGUACGUCUGAUCAAAGCGGUGGCUCUGACUGCGCUAUAAUGAAUUUAACAUUAUUCACUUGCGAUGAGAUCAAGCAAGUGAUGUUGAUUGUCGCAUGAAUUUUCACUUUAUAUACGCGCGAUGAAUACCCGAACCUGGAGAACCUUAAUAUCAUGGCGAAUGCAGUCCACUCCGGGAGGGUAAGUCUGACGUAAUCAUUGAGUUUUAAGGACAAUGGGGAGACUUACGCCCAAUCCCCUUGGAGAACGUGUUAUUCGCUUCCGAAGCGACACCAGGACCACAUGCGUGUCACGUGCUUUGAUAAAGUGUAACAGCAUGACCGGACUAGGCCGCGUCCUUGCUGUCAAUUGCCCAACUUGCACUUCAACUUUGCCACGUCGAAUCGAAAAUUCUGUUGAUUGAAUUAGGUCCAGCCAUUUAGUGGCGCUCAGUUAAUUCAGAUCCCUUUAUUUAGUAUUUCAUGUUAUGACUAUAUUUGACAUAAUUCCCUGCGAAGGGCUAGACACGCGCUGUCAUCUGCCAAUACCAGUAAUAUCGUAGUUAUUGAGUGUUGAGUGUUUAGAUAUUAAUUAUUUUAAUUCCUGCAUUUAGUAAAAGUAAUAUUACU